AUGGAUGAUAUUGCAGGUUAUAGCCUAUUUGGAGGUUAUAGAUUCUAUUGCUUAUAUCCAUAUUAUCGUAGGUUUAACAAAAAAGUACCGGUUGGGGUUAGAAAAUGGUUUUGUAUUACCGAGUUAAUGUUUGAUGAUGCAAGAAGAAAGUUGUCAGGUACUAGGAGUGAAUUUGAAGCAUAUGGGUUCAUAAAGACUUAUGAUGGUUAG